CUGCUCUUUAAAGGGCCAACAGUCGAAGAAUCGCAGCAGUAGAAUAUGCAGCUGCAAUUGAUUUUAACACUUCUAUUGACGCUUUGGAGCUUCAGUCGAGCUGAGCUGCAGCUGGCACCACAUGGGCUGCUCAAGUGGGCUGAGCUCGUGGAGCAUGUGCCCAGCGCGGUUUCCCAUCAGAGCACCACUGUGGUGCACCACACUGUGCCGCGCCGCACCACCACGCUGCUGGCACCACACGCAGUGCGCAGCUUUGUUGUAGCCCCGCUAAAUCCGCUGAGCCCAGCCGCUGCCUUUGUACACGCCCAUCAAGCUGAACCCAUGGCCUGGAGCUAUCUAUACCCACAUACUCUGUCCACGCUCUAUGCAAACUGAUUUGACAUGCGAAUAAACAAGCC